ACCCACCUCGUGUCCACUUGGCAACUGAACCCAACCAACACUUCGGCGUUCUCAUAUACUACAGUAGAUAAGACUUUGAAGCAGAGACUACACGUAUCUGAGCUUCAUAGUAUUUCUCCGUGUACCGUUGUAUUAUUAGAAUUCAGUUCCAUACAGUUUGAGUCACUGAAAAGACAUUUAUAGGUGGAUAUUCCUAGAAAAGUGGUUGAAAGUUCGGACGACUUGGCGUGUAGAACCUGAUCAUGAAGGGCAAAGUACAAACAGCAAGCUUAUGGUGGUCAUGGAUUUUGCCACAUUUUGGAGAAUAUUGUACCAAAGAUGUUAAGCAGAGGAUUGACACAGGGCGAUGUGGACAAAAUGUUAAUCAGCAAUCCAGCUACAUGGUUAACUUUUACCAAAUAGAUUUUAUGGCUCGGCAUAAUAUUAAUAAAUCCCGGAAUGUAGAUUUAGCAGGGUGGCAUAAAGAUAAUCUUUAAAUUUUAUACUAACAUAUCUCUAGAUGAUGUGUAACUUGGCAUGCUGUUUCAGAUAGCUGCUCUCAUAUGUUUUUGGGAAUAUGGUCUCUUUACUCAGAGGAACCUAUGUGGUAUUGUAUUUGCAUACACAUUAUAGAAUAUACACUUUGAAAACAUUUUAAAUGUAUUUUGUUUACCAUUAACAUUUAAGAUUUAUAUUUAAAAAAUUAUAUUGUCCAGAUGACUGCUGUUAUUUACUCUGUUUGCAAUAUUUUUAUGACAUAAUAAUGUUUUGUUUCUUUGUUGUUUAAAGUUGUUUUUCUGCUUAUUCUGCAUUAUAGCUCAAAUAUAUAUUGGAUGUAUUAUUGGAUGUUUGUAAAAUAUAUUAUGGUUUUAAAUGGA